ACACACCUGCUCAUUCAAGGGUUUUUCUUUAUUUUUACUAUUUUACACAUUGCAGAAUAAUAGUGAAGACAUCAAAACUAUGAAAUAACAUAUACGGAAUCAUGUAGUAACCAAAAAGGUGUUAAACAAAUCAAAAUAUAUUUUUGAUUUUAGAUUCUUCAAAGUAGCCACCCUUUGCCUUGAUGACAGCUUUGCAUUCUCUUGGCAUCCCUCUCUGAGAUAGAAGAGUAGAGGCCUUUCUAAAGCUUCCUAUGCUAAAGUUAGAAGUGGAGAUGAAAUGUGGACAUGCUAAAGUUAGGUUGUUUCUCUCCUCAGGACUGCAGCAGAGGUAUCCAUAACAGAGAGAAGUUAGAAGGUUGUUUCUCUCCUCAGGGCUGCAGCAGAGGAAUCCAUAACAGAGAGAAGUUAGAAGGUUGUUUCUCUCCUCAGGACUGCAGCAGAGGAAUCCAUAACAGAGAGAAGUUAGAAGGUUGUUUCUCUCCUCAGGGCCGCAGCAGAGGAAUCCAUAACAGAGAGAAGUUAGAAGGUUGUUUCUCUCCUCAGGACUGCAGCAGAGGAAUCCAUAACAGAGAGAAGUUAGAAGGUUGUUUCUCUCCUCAGGACUGCAGCAGAGGAAUCCAUAACAGAGAGAAGUUAGAAGGUUGUUUCUCUCCUCAGGACUGCAGCAGAGGAAUCCAUAACAGAGAGAAGUUAGAAGGUUGUUUCUCUCCUCAGGACUGCAGCAGAGGAAUCCAUAACAGAGAGAAGUUAGAAGGUUGUUUCUCUCCUCAGGACUGCAGCAGAGGAAUCCAUAACAGAGAGAAGUUAGAAGGUUGUUUCUCUCCUCAGGACUGCAGCAGAGGUAUCCAUAACAGAGAGAAGUUAGAAGGUUGUUUCUCUCCUCAGGACUGCAGCAGAGGAAUCCAUAACAGAGAGAAGUUAGAAGGUUGUUUCUCUCCUCAGGACUGCAGCAGAGGAAUCCAUAACAGAGAGAAGUUAGAAGGUUGUUUCUCUCCUCAGGACUGCAGCAGAGGAAUCCAUAACAGAGAGAAGUUAGAAGGUUGUUUCUCUCCUCAGGACUGCAGCAGAGGAAUCCAUAACAGAGAGAAGUUAGAAGGUUGUUUCUCUCCUCAGGACUGCAGCAGAGGAAUCCAUAACAGAGAGAAGUUAGAAGGUUGUUUCUCUCCUCAGGACUGCAGCAGAGGAAUCCAUAACAGAGAGAAGUUAGAAGGUUGUUUCUCUCCUCAGGACUGCAGCAGAGGAAUCCAUAACAGAGAGAAGUUAGAAGGUUGUUUCUCUCCUCAGGACUGCAGCAGAGGAAUCCAUAACAGAGAGAAGUUAGAAGGUUGUUUCUCUCCUCAGGGCUGCAGCAGAGGAAUCCAUAACAGAGAGAAGUUAGAAGGUUGUUCCUCUCCUCAGGGCCGCAGCAGAGGAAUCCAUAACAGAGAGAAGUUAGAAGGUUGUUUCUCUCAGGGCUGCAGCAGAGGUAUCCAUAACAGAGAGAAGUUAGAAGGUUGUUUCUCUCCUCAGGACUGCAGCAGAGGAAUCCAUAACAGAGAGAAGUUAGAAGGUUGUUUCUCUCCUCAGGGCUGCAGCAGAGGUAUCCAUAACAGAGAGAAGUUAGAAGGUUGUUUCUCUCCUCAGGGCUGCAGCAGAGGAAUCCAUAACAGAGAGAAGUUAGAAGGUUGUUUCUCUCCUCAGGGCUGCAGCAGAGGAAUCCAUAACAGAGAGAAGUUAGAAGGUUGUUUCUCUCAGGGCUGCAGCAGAGGAAUCCAUAACAGAGAGAAGUUAGAAGGUUGUUUCUCUCCUCAGGGCUGCAGCAGAGGUAUCCAUAACAGAGAGAAGUUAGAAGGUUGUUUCUCUCCUCAGGACUGCAGCAGAGGUAUCCAUAACAGAGAGAAGUCAGCGGAGCCGAUCAGGCCAGAAGUGAAGAACUCGGAGGGGAGGAGAGAGAAUGGAGCUAAAGCCUCGGGGUGACCCCUGUGUCAUCCAGGCUCCUAAACCACUGGAGCUGAUACAUAGACCGAGGUAACACACACAAACUUACGCACAUACACACACAGUUUGUAUUUAUCCUUAGUGAUCACACGUGUGUGUCAAAUCAAAUCAAAUUGUAUUGGUCACAUACACAUGGUUAGCAGAUGUUAAUGCGAGUGUAGCAAAAUGCUUGUGCUUCUAGAUCCGACCAUGCAGUAAUAUCUAACAAGUAAUCUAUCAAUUUCACAACAACUACCUUUUACACUCUCUGGAGAAACUCCAGCAGGCAGAGAGCAGACAGCUUGAGAACACAGGUAGGCUGCUGUAAUAAUGGACUUUUAACCUGGUUCUGAUAGGAUUGAGAGGUGGGUGGCUCUUAGGCUCUCUCUCUCUCGGACAGGAGGAUGUGAAUAUUGGCACAUCCUGUAAGAAUGGAGGCUGCUCCAAGGUAGAGUACUACUCCUGUAGUUUGAGUUUGAUGAUCUUUUUAGUGUGAUCUGUUGUUUAUGGUGUGUAUCCUGGUUUCUCUCGGUUGCAGUCUUUCUCUGGUCCAGGGAGUAACGAGGAGAAGUGUAA